AUGUUGCUCGUUUUGAUGUUCGUGCCGCUAGUGCUGCUGUUAUUGUUUCUCGUUUUGCCCGCUUUUUUGCUGCUAGUGCUAUUUGAACUGACUGUACUUGCUUUGCUCGAAUUGCUGCUAAUCGAUAUGAUGUUGUCGUCUGUUUUGCGGAAAAAAGAGGACGUUGCUGGUGUUCUCGUUGCUGAAGUCAGUGGUGCUGUCAUAGUUGAAACUGUUCAUGUGACAAUGUUGCUGCAGUUGCAGUAUCAGUGGUUGGAGGAGCCCGAGGAGAAAAUGCUGAACAUGCUGUAUUGGUCGCUUCUGGUACUUUCAUGA